AUGGUGGAUAUUAUGGUGGGAGAGUCAGCUGAAAAAUUAAUUUCCAAGAUACCCUUAUCUAACAAUACUAUCAGUCGAAGAAUCCAUGACAUUGCUGAGGAUCUCAAUUAUCAAUUAAUAGAAAAAAUUAAAACUGACAAUACUAUUGUCGAAGAUCUUCUAUUCUGCAAAAGCAUUACCGGUAGUGCGAAAGCCCAAGACUUGUUUGAAAUUUUAGACAAGUUUAUUACAGAAAAUGGUUUGAAUUGGGGAAAGUGUAUCGGUGUAUGUACUGAUGGUGCUCGAUCCAUGUCUGGCAAGUAUGGGGGAAUUCAAGCGCUUAUUCGUAAAAAAGCGCCGAAUGCGAUGUGGACCCAUUGCAUCAUUCAUAGGGAAGCUCUGGCUUCAAAAUCAAUGAGCUUUGAACUGAACCAAGUACUGGAAUGUCAAGAACGUCAAGAAAAUACCAAAUAUUUCACUGAACCUGAUUUUAUGCUAAAACUAGCAUAUUUAUGCGAUGUAUUUGAGAAAUUAAACAAUUUGAAUUUGUCUUUGCAAGGUAACAACACGCACAUUUUGAAACUUUCGGAGAGGAUUGCGGCGUUUAGAAAGAAACUGCAGUUGUGGAUAAAAAAGUUGAAUGAAGGUGGCAGUCAAGAUUACUUCCCGCAAUUGUAUAAAUAUGCGGCAUCAAAUGAACUGGUUGUCUCACAAGACCUGAUCGCACUUUUCACGGAACACCUAGCGAAGCUCACCGAAUGGUUUCCAAAGUACUUUGCAGAUGAUGAUGUUGAAAAAUUUGCGUGGAUCCAAGAUCCUUUCCAUGCACAAAGUCCACAAGGAUUUGCAUCACGAGAUGAUGAGAGUCUCAUUGAACUCUCUUGCGACAGCAGCCUUAUAACUAGAUUCGCGAGUGUCGAUUUGGUCAAGUUUUGGUUAUCGAUUCAAAAUGAAUAUCCAAAUUUAACUUCCAAAGCAUUAAAAAUUUUCAUUCCGUUUGCAACAUCAUAUCCAUGUGAAGCUGGAUUUUCAGCUGUAGCUGUGAUAAAGAACAAAUAUCGCUCAAGGAUCAAUGUGGAGUAA